AUGAAGAUUCCAUACGUCUCCAACCCGCCCGAGACAACGACGCCCGAAGACGCCGCUAUCGUCGCCCGCAUCCAAGCCCGCCGUUCCCCACGGCCGCUCAUCCCGCUGGACCUGGCGCUGCUGCACGCACCGCCCGUCGCCGACGGCUGGAACUCGUUUCUCGGUGCCAUUCGCACGCGAACGUCCCUGCCAGACGACCUGCGCGAGCUGGCUAUUUGCCGCGUCGCCGCGUGCAACAAGGCGUGGUUCGAGUGGGCGCACCACGCGCCGCUCGCCGUGCAGGGCGGCGUGAGCAGCGCGGCAAUGGACGUGGUCAAAGCCGAAGCGCUGCCAGAGGCGAGGCCUGCAGCGCUGCUAAACGACAAGCAGUGGGCAGUGCUGAAGUACGCGGAUGAGAUGACGAGGCAUGUGCAGGUCGAGGAUGAGGUGUUUAAGCUGGUGAGGGCGCACUUUGACGAUCGCGAGACGGUCGAGAUCACGGCUACGGUCAGCGCGUACAAUUGUGUCAGCCGCUUCCUGGUAGCUCUCGACGUCGGCGAAAAGAACGGAACGGGUCCCGAUGAUGUUGCAGCUCACUGA